AUGUUGUUUUCCGACCUGUACAAAUCCCCGAGGUCGCCAUUGUCCAAGUUGCGCAACUCGCUGCCACACGCAGCGCCCGUUCUAUCGCCUGACUACGACGCAGAUCUCGUGAGCAAAGACAAAGCCAAGCAAAAAGAGGCCGUAAGGAGAUAUCUCGCGGACAAGGUUCGCAAUGAUUGGGAAUUUUCUUGGCCACCACAGCCCUCAGAAACGCCUGCGCCUCUGGAGCAAGGGAAGCAAGGAGAGCAAAAAACCUUGGCAGCCGAAUCCUUAGAGGGGCACACGGCAGCCAGCUCCGAUGCCGAAGCCAGCGCUAAUACCGGUCCCCCCGCUGCUGACAGUACCCCGCCCGACGCUGAGGCGGACAGGUCAGCAAUCUCUCCAGCUCCCGUAGAAGGCGGCGAGGAAGCAAUAGAAGAGUCGGGCGACUCCGAGUCGGACACCGAAUCGGUGUAUUCCACCGUCUCAGAAGAUGCGGCACACUUCCGUUCCCGUGCCGAGUGGAUAUCCGACCUCUCGGACGACGACUUGCCACCCUCGGGCACAUCGCCCUUCCGGUUCGACAGCCCCGAUGCCGUCGGCACAGCAGUGCAGGCGUCCAUCGUCGCGGGGAAAGCCCGGCGGCGCAGACAGCUGCGCGAAGAGGCGACCUGGAACAAGGGGCUGGCCUGCUUCAUGGCCCGGCGUGAUGCCUGGACCAAAUCCAGGACGGCCCGCCUGAAGCCGAAACCGACCUGCCCCGUCUCUCCUUCGUCGCCGCGCCGGCUCUUCUGGCGGUCCCAUACACGCACCGAGUCGAGCUCCUCCUCCACCGCCCCGCAGACACCCAUCCCGCUCAGCACAGUAAUGUCCGCGCCGACGACCUCCAUGUCCUCUCCCCUGUCCCCCAUGCCGACCCACCACUCGCACACCUCCCAGCCGGCCGCCGACAGCGAGAUCACGCCGCCCCCCUCGGAGCCCGACUCGUCCUCCCUCACCAAGCAGCAGACCCGGACCCUCUACCCCGUCGAGACCCUCCUGCCCGUCCCCGCGCCGCUCAUCCCCGCCCAGAACCCCAUGCGCGCGUCCAUCGGCCCGUCCAUCUACCCGUCCCUCUACGACAAGCUCGUCGUCAGCGGCCUGCAGCCCUCGUGCCCCAUCAACCUCGGCGACAUGGUGCGCGCCUGCGUCGUCGGCUGGAAGCGCGACGGCGAGUGGCCCCCGCGGCCCGUGGCCGAGCCCCCCCAUUCCACUUCUGCCGCCGCCGCCGCCGCAGCCGCUGCCGCAGCCGUCGUGGUCGUCCGCCGCCGCAAGGAGAAGCAGCAGGCGCACGCGCCGGGCCAGGGCCAGGGCCGGGGCCAGGGCCAGGGCGGACAACACAGCAGGAAGGGCAGCACGGCGACGACGGCGCCGCGGAGGCUGAGCUUCGGGGGGUUCCUGGAGAGGGUCAGCGGGGAGAGGGAGAAGGGGGAGAGGGAGAGGGAGAAGGACGGCAAGGACAACAACCACAACAAUAACAAUAACAACAACAACAACAACAACAACAGGGAGGAUGAGGAGCCCGGGUCGGUGAUGGGGAGGGGCAUUAGGAGGAGCCUGCAGAAGGUCCUUGGGCUGGGCUUCGGCCAUGCCAGCGGUGGCAAUGCGGGUAAUGAUCAUAACGCAUCUCACCCGCCGGCGCCUGAGGCGGACGAGAAGAACGGCGAUCAGCACGCAAAGGAAGUUACGGCUGCGGGUUAA